UCAAUCAUACAAUCAAGAGAGCAAAACUGAGAUGCUCCGCGUGUUGAUGCUGUUCAUCCUCGCGUCCGUCCUGGCCGAAAAUUCGGCAAAGACGCGAGAAUUGGAGAUGCUGGAAGAGCUGACAAAGAACUGGAAUGAGAUGAAUGAGAAGCUCAAUCGAUUGUCACAAAUUGUGUACGAUCAGAUGAGAAAUUUCAACGAGUCAAACCAAAGAUUAAAUGAUUUGGCUGCCGUCGCUGAAAAACGCCAAAAUCAGAAUUUUGAAGAACUAAGUCAAAAGUUGGGGAAUUUGGCCACGCAGCAGCAACAUGAGCAUGAUGCUAUAAAAUUAUCCAUCAAGUGUUUAGGCAAAUCAGCAAAUUUGAAGACGCUGUCCAACGGCAAAAAGUACUCUUUCCUGCACGUCACUGCUGUGAACUGGACUUUGGCAAACGAGACUUGCACCAAUUUGGGCUUAAACUUGGCCACGAUCAGAGAUCAAAAUGAGGCAGAAGUGGUCGCGGAAGAAGCACAAAGAACUAAUUACCACAACGGUUGGUGGGUUUUGGCGAGAAAUUCUGGGGAGGACUUCCAUUGGCAGGACGGGACAAAAUUGGAGUUGGACAGUCCGUUGUGGAAGGACGGCGCGGACAAGUCACAGGACUGCGUUCGCAUCUACAAUUGGAACGGCGGCAAGCUGGACAGUUUGAGUUGCGCCGAAUUGCGCUUUUUCAUUUGCGAACUUCCCAGCGACUGCUACUGACGUGAAUUUGAAAAUUAAUUAAUUAAUUAAUAAAAAUCUUACCGAAAUUUUGUAGUAAAUAUUUGUUAAAUGGUAUAGAAUAAAAAUUUUCAUAAAGUGAUUUUGUUAA